AUGGAAAAUACGGAUGGUUGGACUCCAAAAGAAUUAUUUUACAGUGAACACAGAAAGUUAUCUGAAAAAGCUUCAUCUGAACUGAUCGACAUUGUAAGUAAUCUCCUAGUUGUGGGAACUCUUAUUAUGACGUUAGGGAUGACCGGAGCUCUCACCAUUCGUAAUAUCGAUGCUAAAAAGACUCCUUUUUUAGAGCCUAAGAUAUGGUACAGUAUAUUUAUUCUGUCAGUUGGAUUUGGAGUAAGCUCCUGUGCACUAUCGAUGCUCCUCUUCACUUCAGUUAUGAUCCCUUCAAUCAUUAAGACAAAUGUAGGUUUUUUCUUCUCCCGGCUAAUAAGGAGUAUGAUGGGGUGUUUGUUACUGUAUGCAUCUCUGGCAAUCAUGGGUAGCGCUUCUAUUAUAUCUGGUGCGGUUUUGGUCUACGGCUUCUUGCCCAAUUGGACCUUCCAUGUUAUUGCUGCGUUUAUUGGUAUUCCAGCGAUCUUGUCUUGUCACAUUUUCUAUCAUUCUUUGCAGUAUGCUAAACACGUAAUGCUAGCCUUUUGCGAGGAAGCUGCAAUGGGAAUAUUGUCAAGAAUGAGGAUUAAGUGGGUUCCUUUUUACCUUCCUUAUUGA